UAACUAAUUCAUAAUCGCUUCAUUUGGUGCCCUCAUCUGCCCUAAGUUGAAUCUCCAUGACGGCGCGGCUCUUGUCCUCCUCCAGGCCACCAGUCCAGUCUUGCGAUAUCCCCCACCUUCGACUCUCUUCGAGUUUACCUUGUCUUCUCAAGCUCAUCGCCGCCACGUGAGUUCACGGUGAAGCUUCCACUUACAGUCAUAGAGCUCCAAUCUGCGCGGCUCGACUGAGAGCUUGAGACACUGAACAGAGGCUUCUAUUCGUCGCUGUCGAGUGUGUCCACGCCUCCACGGUGUCGCCCAGGAAAGUCUCUUCCCCUUGCCCGAACCGUUAUAAUUUUACGAUAAGUUAGUAAUGAAAACGAAGCCAUUAAGCUUUCGACCCAUUUAAUUGUAGUGGAUCCUCUCGUAUGUGAAAUCUGAAACUAUGAGCCCAUUUUGGUUUUGUUAGAAAUUCCCUCGAUACGUGGUUGUCCUUGCUGACCACCCUGUUGUUUGAAGGCACAGUGGCGGUUGUGCGGCCAGCCUGCUCUUCCGCAUCAGGUAUGUUUAACAAAUCCCGCAACAUUUUCGUUCACAAUCUAGAUGCUGUUUUUGCUGAUCGCGAGUUCAAUCUUCACGUGAAAAAAUCUAUAAGUAGCCUCAAAGUAGUAUGGAGGAAAGACCCUGAACUGGACCUAGCGAUAGAGAAGGACAAGCGAUAUAAGCUCUGCGCUCGUGUUGUUAAGGAGGUUCUUAAUGAACCAGGUCAAGUAAUCCCAUUGCGAUAUCUUGAGAAACGACGUGAGAGGAUGCGUCUUAAUGUUGAGAUUACAACCUUUUUAAACCAAAACCCUGGCCUGUUUGAUGUCUACUAUGAUCGUAUCAAACCAAAAUCGGAUCGCGUUCCCUUUCUAAGGGUUAGCGAUCGGCUUAGAAAUUUUCUGGAUGAAGAAAAAAGGGUUUAUAGAGAAAACGAGCCCUUGAUCGUGUCGAAGUUGUGUAAAUUGUUAAUGAUGUCGAAGAACAAGGUGAUUAGUGCAGAUAAAUUGCUUCACGUGAAGAGGGAAUUUGGGUUCCCGAAUGAUUUUUUAGUUAAUUUGAUUCCUCAGUAUCCGCAGUAUUUUAGGCUAAUUGGGUGUCCUGGGGAGGAAAAAUCAUUUAUUGAAUUGGUUUCAUGGAACCCCGAAUUUGCAAAAUCUGUUAUUGAGCAAAGGGCUGAAGAGGAGACGAAAUUGACGGGGAUUAGGGUUCGGCCAAAUUUCAAUGUGAAGCUUCCUCCAGGUUUUUUCUUAAGGAAAGAGAUGAGAGAGUGGACUAGAGAUUGGAUGGAGCUUGAUUACAUAUCGCCAUAUGAGGACGUGUCCCAUUUGGACCAAGCAUCACGAGAAAUGGAGAAGAGGACGGUUGGGGUAUUCCACGAGUUGCUUUCUCUUUCAUUGUAUAAAAGGAUUCCAGUGCCAAUACUGGGAAAGUUUUGUGACGAAUAUAGGUUUUCAAAUGCAUUUUCGAGUGCAUUUACAAGGCACUCGGGGAUUUUCUAUGUUUCCUUAAAAGGAGGGAUUAAAACAACAAUGUUGAGAGAAGCUUACAAAAAUGGUGAGUUGAUUGAUCGAGAUCCACUGCUUGAGAUCAAAGCUAAAUUUGCUGAGUUGUUGCAAGACGGUUGGCAGCAAAGAGCAGAGGACUUGCGUUUGCGAGGAGAACAAAUUAAGGAAGACAUGAAAAUUUUAGCUGCGAAAGCGAGUGAAUAAAUUAAGAAUGACAUGGAAAUUUCAGCUGUGAAAGAUAGUGAAUAUAAAAAGGGCGUUAUUGAAGUAUGAAAGGCUUAUAGCGGCAGAUGGCCUUGGUAACCGUAAGAAGAAAGGCAGUGUUGCUGACUUGAUUUGGAAACGACAAAUUGACUUUCCAAUUUGAGAACUUGAGUCGAAGUCCAACUUCAUCUUGGUAAGAUGGGCUUAAUUCAUGAACUUGUCCACGCUGCUUUAUUAACCUACUCCUCUGGUCAUAUCUUCCAACGUGUUUCAGAAAUAAGUAAAAUCUAAAAAUUGAAAAACUUUUUUAUUUUGUCACUAUCAAAUAUACGUAUUUUAAUAUGAUAUUUGCUCUUUUUAACAUUUAAUAAAAAAGUAAAGAGUAAUUUAUGAGAUAUUAUUGUAAAUAGGUAAAAAAAAAAAUCUUCUCUUCCUGUUCUAUAAACAGGAGAGGAGGGAGCAUACAACGAAUCCCCUUUUUCUGCUUUCACAUUUGAGCAUUUUCAAUCAUUGUUGAAUGGCGUGCUAUAAGAAGUCAAUGACAUGGUAUGCUAGUGAUGUAGUAGGAUUAAAGCGCAAUGAAACUCUUUGGGAGACGUGUAAGAAGUAUUGUCUAUGCUAAUGAUGAAUAUCUGGUGUUUGAUUACUCUCUGAUACGCUGAAGUCGGAUUACUCUAGUCUGAGUGGAAAACUUGUCUGCUGCCACGCCUCGGCCUCAGAGCAGCGAUGCAGCAAUUGUUUACCUGGCAAUGAUCCAAAGUUCGUUGGGAGGUCAUGCAAGUUUCAUGAAGAGGGUUGUCGUAGCCAAAUGAUUCAAUGGAAAACCAUUUCCUACUAAAUCAUGUCCUCAUAGGAUCUGUCUGUUUAUUUGCGGUUUAUAUCUCAACCAUCCUUUCCCUCACACUCUUCCCUGAUGUUGGAGUUGUUCUUUAAAUUUUAAAAUGAGUCUGGAAGCAGGUUGGUGGUGCGAUACUGAUUAAGGUAACUUUGCAUGCCACCUACAAAGUCGUCACACACAAUGGAUGAAGAAUGUAAACGAGUAAUCCAUAACCAUUCUCUUGGCAAUAAACAACCCGAUGGGAUCGAGAAGCAUACGGGUAUGCAAGUAUUUAAGCAGGAUUACGGGGUCGUAGGGGCAUUGAAAAUUUUUUCCAGUUUCUGAAACAUUAGCCCAAGAGAGAGAGAAAAUCAAGCAUGGAGAAAGUGGUGGCUUUUAGGUUAAUAACAAUGACUGACAUUUCUGGCAUUAGUGCCGAUGAGGGAGAGCCAUGUUGUUGUGACAUCGCCUGAACCUCGCCCACUCUGUGCAACCCAGUUUUCCCUAGUGAACUAUGCUUGCUCAUCACUGCCAUUCGUGCGAAGGCCCCCAAGUUUACCUGCACACCCCGAUGACCAAGAACAUGGCCAUGCCCAUCGCCACGGGCACCAUCACCGGCACCGGCAGCCCAGUCCUCAAGAAGAAAACUGCUGCCGGUGGGCUAAGAAUGUAGAGGGUCAAUGUGUGUGUGAACUUCUGCUUCACUUUCGCUUGCCCACCUUUCUUACGAGGCCAUCGCAUCAGUACUCGCUCACCGUUGGAGAAUCCUGCGAGGUCACUUACUCGUGCGGUGGCCCCAUUUGAUUCGCGAGUUUGAACCGUACGACUAGCCGGAAAAUGAUUUAACGCGGUAGCGUUCCGUUUUAGGUGUUUUGAAGCUUUGCUCAUCUGUCGUCUUUAGUCUUUUUUGCCUUUUGUUGUUAUUCACAUUUGGCUGGUGUGUACUUCCUUUCUCACUGUGCCAUCUAAAAUUGGGAAUGAGUCCCAAGUGUGUUGGGAAAGUGUGGUGCUUUUAGCGACAAUAAUAUACCACGUGAACAAUUACAAAAA